AUGACUUCAGGAGAUGCUGCUGAUAAUGAUGAUAAACAGAAAACGCCAUUAGCCUUGCCAACACAACCAUAUUGUCGUAUUCAUUGUCGUCAAUCAGCUGUACGUGCAGCACGUUUUAAUGCUGACGGAAAUUAUUGUAUGACAGCUGGUGGAGAUAAAACCAUAAAAUUAUGGAAUCCAUAUAAUUGUCGUUUAUUGAAAACGUAUACAGGACAUGGUGGGGAAGUAUCGGAUGUACAGGCAGGUAAAGAUAAUAGUCAACUUGGUUCUGGUGGAGCAGAUUGUUUAGUUAUGCUAUGGGAUGUUGCUACAGGACAAUCAGUCCGCCGAUGGCGUCGACAUGCUGGACGUGUGAAUUCUGUCCUAUUCAUUUCACCAUUUUAUAAUACUGAUGCCUUGGAUCCUAGUCCAAUUUUAUUAUCAACUGGUGUUGAUGGAAUGGUUCUAGUUUGGGAUGCUAGAGCACGAACACCUUAUCCAGUUCAGACUAUGCAUGAAGCUCGUGACAGUGUCACUUGUUGUGCAUUUCGACGGAAUCAAAUUGUUACUGGUUCUGUUGAUCGAUGUGUUCGAACGUAUGAUAUCCGUAGAGGUGAAAUGAUUGAAGACUAUAUAGGCUAUCCAAUUACAUCAGUAUCAAUUACACUGGAUAGUCAAUGUUUUCUAGUCGGUACACAAGAUUCAACUUUACGUCUAUUUGAUGCGUUAACUGUAAUCAUUGUGCUUAAAAGUACUCUUUCAAUUCAAUAUUCUUGUGUUACCGCAAAUUUUAAAUUUCAGAGAAGCUCUUCAAAACCUCCAUCGACGCAUCGUAUUCCAGUGAAUAAAAGUGUCAGCAAUGAUACAAAACUUUGUCGGGCUGUUGAAGUUGUAACAACUGUCAGACCAUGCCAAAAUGUUAUCGCCACGAAUAAACCAACUACAUCCAAUGCAAAACGUCAAUGUAAAAAAGGAAGCUCAACACAAAAGAAUUUUCCCAUCAUCUGUAAGGUGAUUGAAGAUCCUGUACCAAUUAAAAAAGUUGCUUGGAGGUGA